AUGGCCGCGACGGACGGGCAGAUCGUCGUUGCGGCGGCGCGCUGGGCCGAGGAGGCGAGCUACCUGCGCGAGUUCGUCUCCAAGUACCGUCUGCCGGCGGUCAUCAAGAUCACCAAGGGCCAAUAUGGCGGGCUGGGCGUGCCGACGCUGCCGGCCCCGAGUCUGCAGAGCACGGCGCUCCUGGUGUCCGCCGGCCGUCGGCGGAAGAUCGUCGCCCAGGCGGUGAAGAUCAAGGAGGGCCGGAGGGUCGUCGGCGUCGGGCCGAGGCUCGCGAUACCGGACUCCUACACCGGCUACUUCGAGAUCCUCAGCGAGGAGGGGAGGGCGGUGCGCGGCAUCGAGUCGGUGAGCGAGCUGUCGCGACGCUGCCCGGAGGAGGGCGCGCUGGUGCGCGAGACGCUGCGCGGGAUCGGGUGUCGGGUGGACGACGGGAUCGUCGUGCCGGAGGGCACGAGGACCCUGCCGGCCGGCGAGACGAUCGUCACCGCCGGUGAGGUCGCCCUGCCCGGCCGGGGCCGUUUCCUCCGGUGCGUCGACUGCCGGGGCGACAGCGUGCUCCUGGGGAUGGAGCAGCGCGGCCGGUUCAGCGCGUUGGCGCGCGAGGACAACAUCAGCGGCGUGCACACCGCCCGGGCGCUCCUCAGCAAACGUCUGCCGCUGACGGUGCGGCUGGUGCACGGCCAGCCGCCGCGGGGUCUCAAGUCCUCCUCCCAGUUCGUCCCCGAGCUCAGGCUGCUCUCCACCUUCGAGGAGGAGCACGUGUUCGCGCUGCCGUUACAGCGCGAGGGCGCGGCGGUCGCGCUGCCGCUCGCGGCCCCCCUCAAGCUGGUGAAGGCGCGCAACGAGGAGGUCCUGCGGGCCAUGCAGGAGUUCACCAGGCUGGUGGAGCGCGCCUCCCGGCUGGUCGCCGACGUCGCGGAUCGCGCCCACGUGCUGGACGGCCGUCUGGGCGAGAGCAAACCCCCCCGACGGAGCGGCUCCGGCGGCUUCCUCAGGCGGCCCUCGACCAACUCGGAGCACGCGCCGCCGGCCGUCGCUCAUCACAGGAACGCCGCCGGGCAUCAUCAUCAUCAUCAUCACUAUCACAGCAACGGCCACCAGAGCGGCCACAUAGCGGGUUACCGGGACGAGAACCGGGUGCCGCCGUCCGCCUGCACCGAGGACUACGACGAGAUCGAUCAGAUCUACGACUACGUGCGCGGCUUCGCGCCGCUGCCGAAGAGCGUGAGGUCGCCGUACGAGAGCCCGUUGCCCGGCGGACAGACGCCGCCGCCGCUCACGCCGGUCACGGUGACGAUCGCGCCGCUCCUGGACGACCGGCCGGAGCCGCCGCCGAUCGAGACGAUACCGACGAAGAAGAUCCAGGCGGAGAAGCGGACGAGGCGCGCGGUCAAGGAGGCGCCCCAGCAGCCGGCCUCGAGGGUCGAGAAGCCGCCGUUGGCGAAGCUCUACGUGAAGAACAGCGGCACGCAGCGCGGACGGCCGCUAAUGAGGCAGAAGAGCGCGUCGCCGCUGAAGGAGACGCCGCCGGGUUACAAGGGCGGCUCGCCGCUCUUCAACAUCAGAUACAAGAGCCUCACGAAUCUCCAGCAGGCGAUGGAGCUCGACGGCACGCUCGACUCCAGCCACUCCGGCGGCAGGACGUCCGGGGACUCCGGCGCGGGCGCUAAGCUGCCGGAAAAGAGAUCGAGACGUUUAAGCAGGCCGCGAUCGCUGACGAAUUUAGUCUGGGAGCUUCGAGGUGGAAGCGGCCUCGGCUGCACGAGACCGGAAACUCCGCCGCCCGCCACGACAGCACCACUGCCACCGACUAAAUGCGGGCCACGUCUGGCUGUCACUGUCGUGGCACCCCGACGUGUCGGCACGCUCUACCUCUAACUCAUUCGACCGACGAAGGGCUGAAGAAGGCAAAGAGCGGUCCGGAUGAGGAGCUGUGGAUCUCCGACGUCGUUCGACUAAUCAAAAUCCGCAACGAGAGCUCAAGAAAGGACAGACGGAUGGGAGGGAGGAUAUUUCCGCCGCGGCGGAACCGACUCCGCCAUUCAAUCGCGCAGCGUUCAUUCAAUCGCGCCCGUGAAAGCCAUUCAAACUCGUCGUCCGACGCACACAUACGCCCGCAUGUGUGUCCAUGCUCUGUAUACUCGUAAACACACACGUACACAAACAUAUACAAACACAUUCAUACAUACAUAUAUAUAUACAGAAUGUACCGGGAGCCCUGAAUAUUUCGAGAGACGGACUUUUGCCUGGAACAUUUUUUCCCUGAAAUGUUUUAUUUCUGAGGACUUUCGCUACGUUUCCCGUAUCCUGUACACACACACACACACACACACACACUACGUACACGGCACGCAUGAAGAAUCCAAAAGCAUCGCGCCAGAUCAACGCCGCGUACUUCCUGUGAUCGUCGAUUAACGAUAAGCGGAAUAAUCAAAAAGCGACGCAGCGGAAGAGAAUUACGUUCAGAGGUCAGGGGUUACGAAACAGAGACGGGAAUUAUUAUAAUAUUCUUGCGAGGGGGAAGGGAAGCGACGCCGUGUCCCGAGGAGUAUCGCGCAACUGGUCGGUGGUAGACGUGACGAAGCAGCGGCGGCCGGUGUGUAUUCUCGUCGAGAGGUACAAAAGCGAUUACAACGAUCGAGCUCUCUUAUACGCGCGUCAAUGAAUUCAUACACACACACGUGUGAUGAAUUUCGCGAGUCCUCGACGUGUAAACGUUCGCCCGCGCGAGGAAACCGCGUUCUUUCCGCUCGGGAAAACGGCCGUUGCGAAACUCGGCUACGGGGAAGGUCGUUUCGUCCACGUUGCUGCUUCGUUCUCGUUCACGAAGGAAAGAAGGAAGGCCCUCUGCGACUUCCGCCCUGUGCACGUUCUUCGACGCGCAUCGGAAAGAGACGGGGAAGUAUCGACAGCGACCGCCAUUGUAUCUCUGCGUAUUAUGAUUUUUUUUUUCUCAUCUUCGCGACGAAGCCGAUCCUCUUGACGUUCGCGUUAAACGCGAGAAAACCGACGCCUCGAGAGCGAAGUGGAGGAGAUUUCCGGUCGAAAAGAAACGUUCGCUAUCUCGACGAGUUACAUUAAGGCACCCACACAUGUAUCGAGGUGGUUCUAUCGAUACUUUUCGGUAUCUGUAAGGCGCAUCCACCAUGAAGGAUACAUCGUAAAUCGUGACGGAGCCACGCUUCGUUCCUUUAUCCUUCCUGUUUUCCGACGUCGGCCGGGGAUGGGAACCGGAGGAGGGUUGCGAAGGAUAAGGAAGAGGGGGAAGGUAGGGGAGAGAGAGACGGGUCGGAUUUACACACAGUGUAAUCGUGCAUUUGUCUCGAGAGCAGCUACACGUGUCGCGUAAAUCACGCAUACACGAGUAGAUUUUUCCCUCUCCUUUUCUUUCCCCCGUUCUUUUCUUUUCCAACAAAGAGAGACGGCGGCAGCGUUGUCGGCCGGCCGGCCGCGCGCAGCUAAGGAUACGAAUGCCAUAAUAAUGACCAAGUUUUGUGGUUGUACUUAAGUCAUACUUUAUAUCCUACUUUAUUUUGUUAGGUUGCUAAGGUUGAUAAGUUACUUCAUUACUCCAUUAUCGAAGUGUCCCUAUCAGUUAUCGCUACGUCCUAUUAUUUUCGAGCCAUCCUGCAUCGACGGCCGAACCGUCGUUUCGCGCCGAUCAUCGAGAAUUGGCGCAGGCUACGAGACGGAGAGAGAGAGAGAGAGAGAGAGAGAGAGAGAGAGAGAGAGAGAACACUGCCUACCUGCACUUGUGAUCGCGUAUGCAACUCGAACUUAACAGAAUAAGCUGAGCGCCCUACAGUCGCAAUCAGGUAUCCACAGGGUGAAUUCAACGAGUGGACGUUGCACUCUCGCGUAUCGCCGAGGCGAUAAAAAGAGAAAUUAAGAACGAUCUCGAUUUAACGAAAAGGAGAAAGAUAAGGAACGUGUGUUUCUAUCAUCGCUAACACUACAGUUGAUUGAGUAAUUCGUAAGGUAAAAUUAAUAAUCGGUCCUUCUUUUCUCGUUCAUCUUAUAAUGAAAUCACGAUUGCGGGGAAAAAUAAUUUAGAGGUACGGCGAUUUUAAAUGUCACAGCGAAUAAAUAAAUAUGCAGGAUGUUCCUUAAAAAUUGCUUAUUAGUUUAGAAGUUGAUUUUUUAGGUCAUUUUGUAAAGAAUAUUUCGCAUGAACGUAUAUACGUUUCUUCAUAAAAUAUGAGCACAAGUUAUA